GAAGUAGGGGGAUCAGUGCGCGACCACUACCGUCUACCGGCACUGACCAUGCCGGAGUCUGGCCGGGCGAUGAGGCGGAUCCGCAAGGAACUGGAGCUGCUCUUGAUCGACCCGCCGGCGUUCUGCCGGCCCGGCCCGGCGCCCGUGACGGACCUGUUCCACUGGGAGGUGGUCAUCGACGGCCCCCACGGUAGCCCCUACGCCGGCGGCACGUUCCCCGUCGACGUCGCCUACCCCAAGGACUACCCAUUCGACCCCAUCAAGCUCACCUUCAGAACCAAGGUGAGUCGGCCGGCACUGCCUCCGGAGGGGAAGAUGGCGCUGGACAUCUUCCGGAGCGAGUGGAGGCCUUCUCUCACGAUAACUAUAAGCACGGCCCUCCUGUCCGUCGUCUCCGUCCUCCACGACCCCCUGCUCGACCUUCCCGUCCGCCGCGACGCCGCCCGGCUGUACAAGCGCGAGCGGGGUCUCUUCGAGCACAAGGCCAUGGACUGGACCCGCAGGUACGCCUCGGCGCCGGUCGCCUCCUUCUAUCCGGCGGGGACGGAGACGUUCGAGGAGGCGGCGGCGGCCAGCGGGGCAGUGGCACGUCGCCGUUCUUGCGGGGCAGGGCAAUGGCGCUCCUUCGCGGCUCGUCUCCCAUGCAUCCAGCCAUGAACGCAUGCACCACGUACGAUUAUGAGUCAAUUACAUCAUUGGUGCUAAAACUUAGCGUGAGAAAUGUUAGGAGCCCCUGUAGUCAUCAUUGUCGUUGUCGUCUUCACUCAAGGCUCCGUCGACCACGAAUACUACUGCUUCGACCACGACAGCGCUUACGUCGUCUACGCCCUCGGCACCUUCUUCGAUUGGGUCUCCACGGGCCGCGACUUCUACGCCCAACUCGCUGAAGUCUACCCCAACUUCCGCUACCACCACAACUCCGACCAAGUCGAGGAGCAUCAGUUGCAAUGGGAUCCAGGCGGCUCUCAGAAGCAUCGGCUUGGGGUCAAGCCGAGUCUUAAGGAGGGAGGGAUGUUAGGAGCCCCUGUAGCCCAUACGUGUACUUGGGCUUCACAUGGGCCAGGCCCGACUGUGCACCACCACUGUUGGCUACAAAUACACGAAGGGAGAGCAGCAACCGAACCAUCCGGGCUUGGAUCACGAAACGGCAACGGCGGCUCCUCUCUCCCCUACCUCCUGUUCUUCUCCUUCCUCCCUCCUCAAUUCCGUUGUACUCGAGCUUGAUUCCCUGUAAUGGAGUGAUUCACGAGCUGGAUCCUAACAAGAAAUCACUUUAGUGCCAAAACUUACGGCAUACAUUGAACUGGUGCUACAACUUGGCUUUGACGUGCAUAUACAGUGCAAAUCGCAUUUGUAUACAGACACAGUGCUGACUAGGUGCGCCACAUGGCAUGGGACCACUGACAGCCAUUGAAUGGUAGAGAUAGAGCUUGUGGCCUGUUAUUUUGUGAAAUCCCAUCGAAAUUAUUUUUCUCGCAAAAAGGCCACUGCCACGUGUCAGUUCAUCUGUGAGCGAGCAAAUUAUGGGCAAAAUGGUGGCUGAUGGAUUUUGAACCCGUGCUCUGCAGCAUGGAUGCGCGUCUGCCUAACCAAUGGACCAAGAACCGUUUUCAUACUAAACGGAUACACACUCUAUAUAUUCAGUAGACCUUAAGCGGGCUCGACAUCCUACUCGCCAUUUUGCACUGUUAUUUGUUAAAAGAAUUAUAAAUUAUAUGCAAAUUAUAAGUGUGCAUUAUAAACAAAAUAAACUGCAGAAUAAAAAUGAACACUUUUAUAAUACAUAAAUAUUUUAU